GCGCGCUCGCAUAUUUGCACGCGCGCUUGGUUGUGUGCGUGUGUAUGUACGUGUUGUGUAUACGAUGGUGUACACACUGCGAUAGUUAUGCGCGACGGCGAAGGUGAAAAUGUUGGCGAAGACUGCGGCGCGCUGACACAGGCGACACGACGGAGUGGGACGUGCGUUUCAUGCGCACCGUGAGCACACAGUGAAAGCGACGACGACGAUAACAACAAUAACGACAGCGGUAACAUCGACGACGAAGACGAGAACGAAGACGGCGGCGACGAUCGGGACAACUGGGACGAUCGUGUAGCGAUCACUGGUGGCGGUGAUCGUUGGCGGAGAAGAGAAGCGCUCUGCAUCGCAAGCGACGACGCGGCAACGCGACCGUCAUCGUUGAGUACAGGUGCGGAAAAGUCGGUGUAUGGAGAUGAAGAGGUGCCACGGUGCCACUAUUUCGGAAGUUUGACGCGCAAGCACGUUGAAAAACGUACGGGAGGUGUGACGCUCGAACGAGACUGGGGAUUAUGACGAGCAGCGUAGAGGUCCAUCGACGUCCGCGCAGCUACACCGGGGUAAACCGUACGAGUUCACCAUGUACAUAUGAUUAUUCGGGUUCAUGCGUUCUCUUACUGUCAGUGGCGAGCAAACGACGACGACGGGCGCGGAUGGAAGCAAUCCGCCGGCGGGGGAUCGGCGAACGCAGGCCUCCUCGUCGUCCGUAACUGGCAGCGACGUCCAGGGGAUGCCUAGCCUACACUCGCUCGUCUUACGACGGGCACCUCUUACGGAUAUGGGUGCCGCGACCAGUUCAGUGACAUCCGUAAAUCCCCCUGGUAAAAUCCCCGCCAGCCAGAAGAAGAUCGACAAAACCAAGCUCAGUGGCAUUAGGCUACCUCUGCUACGCAAAGAGGCCAGCGUGGUGAAUCUCUCCUUGACGGAGAGAAGUGUACCAGGUAGAGAGGCAGACGCGCCUCUCUUGCGUCCUGAGAGCAGCGCGAGUCUCGAGGCACGAGGUGGCAGUUGGAUGAACCUGGGGCCUGGCGCGCUCAGGAAAUGCGAGACCGCCGUGGGACUAAGCACCUCGGCUCUCGAAGGAAGACCUAUUAAUCGCAGCAGAGUAUGCUCUCGCUGUUCCAGCCUGUUGUCCCUGGCAUCCAGUUCGCGUUACAGCCUGGCUGCUGGUAACUUCGUUCCCGCGGGCUCGCAGCAGACAAUCGGACGGUUAUUUUGUAAAUUGUGUCUCGUUGAUACCUCACUCUCCAAGACGUUUAAGAUCGAGGGAUGUGGUUGUUCCUACUGUAAAGAUUGCAUGCGUGCCUAUGUAGAAUUUGAAAUUGAGGAAGGCGCGUAUGAAAUUAGUUGUCCCGAUGCUCAGUGUGAUCACGGCGCCAUAUUAUCUUUAAAAGAGAUAUCAAGCCUUGUCAACGCAGAACUCGUGGAGAAACAUUGCAAGUUUCGUUUGAAUAGAGAUGUGUCGAUGGACAAAGGACGUGCAUGGUGUCCACGAGCGGGUUGUGAAACAAUAUGUUCGAUAAACGGCAACAGUGGAAGCGGCACUCCUUUAGGUCCUGUUCAUUGUCCCAAUUGCUCCACAGAUUUCUGUUCGAUAUGUCGCGAGCCUUGGCACAAUGGGCCCUGUUCAGAUCUUCCAUUAGGGAUACCAUUUGGUAGUGAUCACAUUAAAUGUUGUCCUAUGUGUUCCGUGCCGAUAGAAAAAGACGAAGGUUGUGCUCAAAUGAUGUGCAAAAGAUGUAAACAUGUGUUUUGCUGGUACUGCUUAGCAUCCUUAGAUGAUGAUUUUCUGUUGCGACAUUACGACAAGGGACCAUGUAAGAAUAAGUUGGGCCACUCACGUGCGUCCGUGAUAUGGCAUCGAACGCAAGUUAUCGGAAUCUUCGCUGGUUUUGGCCUACUUCUACUUGUCGCAUCGCCCUUGCUAUUAUUAGCAGCACCUUGCAUCGUAUGCUGUAAAUGUCGCGUUUGCGGCUCUUCCAGACUCGAACAAGAAGAAGGCGACACGACGACAUAGGACCUUCCAAACGCGCGUUUUUAACAGAUUCUCGUUUAAUUAUAUUUCUUCGAGCUAAAGUAUAAGCACUUUUACUAGGCUUCCACGUAUGGGAGACAAUAUAAUUGGCAACUUAUAUAGAUAUACAUUGCAUUUUGUUAAGUUUACGUUUUAUUUUAUUUUUGCGUGUUAAAAGAUACGUAGUAUAAAAGGGCAGAAUGCAUAUCUCAGUCAAGAGAGGAGAGAUACAGAGCAUAUUGUGAUUAACUAUAUAUUUAUAUAUUUUACUUAGAAGUUAUUUGGACGGAAUAAGAGAGAUGUUGUAAUUUGUAUAGUCAUAAUGUUUGUUUUCCUGAUGUACACUUAUUUUAGUCACUUAAUAAGUUUUAUAUGAUUAAUUUUGUAAAUGAUCUUUAUGAUGACUCGUAAUUAAUUAUGUGAUUCAAACAAGUCUAAUAUUUUAUAAAUACUCAUAAUAAAUUCUUAUGUAGGAACACAUUCCAGGAUUUUAUCUAUAGAUAUAUAUCGGAUUUAUGUUAUAUCAUCGUGAAAUAUGUGCAACCGAACGUCGUGAAAAUAUUUGUGCUUUAUAUUAAAAUUAUAUCUUGUUGAUUUCUAUUUACCAAAAUACGAGCUUAUUUUUUGUUGCCCUCAUAAAAUGGCGAUAAUAAUACGUUGAUUAUUUGAUUUUUUUAUUCUUAAAUUAUGUAAUAUAACUAAAUUAUAUUUAAACUAUAAUAUAUAUUAAAAUAUAUAAGAGUGUGUGUAUAUCUAUAUGUGUGCCCGCAUCGAAUUAUCUUGCAAGACUCAGAUCUACAUUUUUAUAGAGAGAAACGAAUCUUGAUCAUGUAAAGUAUUAGCAUGCACAAUAUUUCUAUUCUUGUUGUCUUAAUUUAUGGGUGCUUUCGUGUUUGGUAAUUUUAUCUCGCAUGUAUAUUACAUGUACAUUAAUUUAGAAUGAGUAAAAA